UAUUGUUUAUACUUUGUUUACAGAUUGCAACCCAGAACCACAGUGAAAAUGAGAUUUUUGUGCCAAAACUGAGACGGACUAAAAGUGUCAUAAUGAAAGAUACAAAUCUUGAAGAUUCUGAUGAGCUCUUUGAUUCUACACCAGAGAGUUCCGAUGAUUAUGUUCCAGAUACCACUUCUGAAAGUGACAGUGAUGUUAGCCUUACACUAAACCAGGCAAAACGUCGGCUUCUUGAUGAACUGGAUAUUGAUCAGUCUGGCUCAGUGAGUUGCCCUGAUUGUGACACCACAACGUCAGACAAAAUGCACAAUGUUGCGUCUGAAGCAUCUGGAACAGGAGAAGAACCCAGUUCAAGUCAGAACACAACAGACGGAAUAGUUGUUAGUGCAUACCAAAAAAGAGAUGGUGCUAGAGUGUACAACAAGAGACAUUACUGCUUGUACUGCAGUAAACCCUAUGCUAAGAUGGCAAGGCAUCUAGAAAGUUCACAUGAAAAUAAGUCUGAUGUGGCUAGAGCUCUAAGCUUUCCAAAGGGUUCAAAGGAGAGGAAAAACCAGCUUGAUUAUAUUCGCAACAGAGGAAACUAUGCUCACAAUGCAGCUGUUAUGGAGUCAGGAAAGGGGGAACUAGUGCCAUUUAAACGACCACGUAAAGAAGUGCAGGGAGAAGAUUUCAUGCAUUGUGCAUACUGUCAAGGACUUUUUACAAGAAAGGUCCUGUGGAGACACAUGCGUACUUGUAGACUUCAACCACAAUCAGACCCUCCCAAACCAGGAAAAAACCGUGUUCAGUCCAUGUGUACCUACACAGGGCCUGUGCCUUCAAACAUGACCAAACAACUGUGGGGAGUAAUCAGUGCCAUGAAUCCUGACCCAAUCACAGAUAUAAUAAAAAAUGACAGAGUAAUUACUGAUAUUGGGCAGCACUUGUUGAACAAAGGUGGGCUAUCAGAUAAGAAUAAACAAUGUGUGCGGGAGAAGAUGCGAGAACUGGGAAGAUUGAUUCACAAUGCCAGGAAAGUCACCUCCUUAAAAACACUGGAAGAUUGUGUAAAUCCAAAGAAGUACAUGGAGACCGUCAAAGCUGUUAAGUAUACAUGUGGGUAUGACAGUGAAACCGACAAAUUCUUGAUUCCAUCUCUUGCUAACAAGCUUGGGAAUUCCCUGGUUAAAGUAUGCAAACUCUUGAAAGCUCAGGGCUUAAUCUCCAAUGACAAACAGCUUGUGAAGAAUGCCAGUGAGUUUCAAGAAGUCCAUGCGAAUAAGUGGAACGAGAUGAUUUCUGCUACAGCAUUGAGGAAUAUCAGGGAAGCAAAGUGGAAUGUGCCCACGCUCAUGCCCUUUACUGAAGACGUACAAAAACUGCAUACUUUUCUCAGUCAAGUGCAAGAUGAGUGGUUCAACCUGCUCUCUGAAAGUCCAUCUACUAAAGCCUGGAUGGAGCUGGCCAAGGUGUGUCUAGCUCAGAUGAUUCUCUUUAAUCGGUGGAGAGAAGGAGAGGUGUGGAGAAGAAACUCUGCAGACACUUCACAAGGGUUAUCACCAGGGGAAAGCGUGGUCGGCCAGUUCCAGUCCUUCUGA